GGACGCUAAUUGUCAAACAUUUCAUUAAAUCUGUUUGUUGAAUGCAAAAUUAUCGAAGAAUAGUUAACAAUUGUGGCCGAAACGGCCUGAAAUUACGAGUUUCGUAAUACAUAAUUAAGUGUUUGUGCCGCCAUAAUGUCUCAGUUACCCGAUGAUAUUGGAGAUAUCACCAUGGCUACGGCGGAGGCAGAUUCUUCACAAACUCACGGGCACGAAGCAACAUCAAGUGCCAAUAGCGAGGACACAGCCACCGGUAGUGCCGCAACCCCCACCGGCAGCGAGGGCCAAGCGUCCCGCCAGUCCAACCUGCAGCGUAUACAGCAGCGCAAGCAGCAAGUGUACAACUGGCCGCACAACAAAAAGUUGCUGAAGCUCGCUAUUUACUCAGCAUGUCAGACCCCGGACUGCAACUGCACGGGGUGGAAGACGCCAAUGCCGCAGCAGGCCAUCAAGGCCAACGCGCGCGCCGACAACCAGCCUUUGGCAACCUUCAACGACCCGUGUCGGAACUGCAACCAUAUUUUAGAAAAGCAUGUGACCCAACUGCAAGGUCUUCAGGUGUCGGAGGUGAACCGUCUCUUGGGCGCUGUGGUGGACGUGGAGAACAUUUUCAUGUCCAUGCACCGUGAGGAUGACCAUGACACCAAGCGGGUUUACUAUUAUCUGUUCAAACUCCUCCGAAAAUGCAUCCUCUCGCGUUCCAAGCCCACCAUCGAGGGUCCACUCGGCCAGCCGCCCUUCGAACGACCCUCCAUAGCCAAGGCCAUCACCAACUUCGUACUGUACAAGUUCAACACGCUACCCCAGAGGGAGUGGCAGACUAUGUACGACCUGGCCAAGAUGUUUCUGCACUGCUUCAAUCAUUGGAACUUUGAGACACCCAGUGUCAGGAAAUUGCAAGUUUCCAACCCAGAAGAUAUAUCUGCAUAUCAAAUAAACUACACAAGAUGGCUAGUGUUCUGCCACGUGCCCGCCUUCUGCGACUCGCUGCCGCACUACGAGACCUCCCUCGUGUUCGGGCGCACGCUUCUGCGCGCCGUGUUCAAGUCCGUGUGCCGCCAGCUCAUGGACAAGUGCCACUCCGAGCGCGACCGCAUGCCACCUGAGAAACGGGUGCUGGUGUUGACCCACUUCCCCCGCUUCUUGGCCUUGCUAGAAGAAGAGAUAUUCAGCGCCAGCUCGCCCAUCUGGGACCCUGAGUACAAGCAGGUCCCGCCCAACCACCUUCAGGCUAUUCUGGACAAUAAGACCACGCCGCGGCGGGGUGAGUUCGAGCGGGUGACGACUAGCGGCGACAGCAAGGAUGGGUUCACCACCGUGACGCUUUCUGCUGGUUCAAUAAAACAAGAGUCCCUCAAACGCGCCGCCGAAAGCCGAGGCGAGGCGGGCAGCGCCUUCGGCGGCAAGCGGCGGCGGGUCGUGGAGGACUGCGCCGAUGACGUCAGCGAGCGCUGCGUGGCCGACAUCGUGGCCACCAUCACCGACCCCGCCUACAUGUGCGGCCCCGACGCGUUGUUUCAAAUGCAAGCGCCGCGCGACGAGGCCGCAAAAGUGGAGGAACAGAGAAAGAUGAUAGAGUUCCAUGUCAUCGGGAACUCUCUCACGGGACCCGUCAACAAGCAAACCAUGCUGUGGCUCAUAGGUCUUCAUAACGUCUUUUCCCAUCAGUUACCAGAAAUGACCAAAGAAUACAUCUCACAGCUAGUUUUUGACCCAAAACACAAGACACUUGCUUUGAUCAAGGAGGGGAGACCAAUCGGAGGAAUAUGCUUCAGGACUUUCCAUUCACAGGGUUUCAGCGAGGUGGUGUUCUGCGCGGUGACCUCCAACGAGCAGGUGAAAGGCUACGGGACACAUCUGAUGAACCAUCUCAAGGACUACCACAUCCGGAACAACAUCCUGCACUUCCUGUCGUUCGCUGACGAGUUCGCCAUCGGUUACUUCAAGAAGCAGGGCUUCAGCAAGGACAUCCGGCUGCCGCGGGCCAUGUACCAGGGCUACAUAAAAGACUACGAGGGAGCCACGCUCAUGCACUGCGAGCUCAACCCUAGGAUAGUGUACACGCAGUUCACCUCGGUCAUACGCCGGCAGAAAGAGAUCGUUAAGAAGUUGAUAGAUAUGAGGCAGAAAGAAGUUAGGAAAAUUCAUCCCGGACUUACGUGUUUUAAAGAGGGUGUGCGCAGUAUCCCGGUGGAGUGUAUCCCGGGGCUGCGCGAGACGGGCUGGCGGGCGGCGCGCGCGCAGCCCGCCGACGCGGCCGCCGACGACGUCACCGCGCUGCGCACCGUACUACACGCUGUAAAAAACCACGCGGCCGCCUGGCCGUUCCUGAAGCCGGUGGACAAGGCGGAGGUGCCUGACUACUACGACCACAUCAAAUAUCCUAUGGAUUUACGCUCGAUGGGCGAGCGUCUGAAAGCUCGCUACUACGUAUCGAAGAGGCUUUUCAUCGCCGACAUGACGCGGAUCUUCACUAACUGCCGCACCUACAACUCGCCCGAGACUGACUACUACAAGUGCGCAAACACGCUUGAGAAGUACUUCCAAACGAAGAUGAAGGAGGCUGGGCUGUGGGACAAAUGAUCGGAGUUCAGUUUCGACGUGUUUUUCCUGCGAGAACUGCACAACAUCCCCGCCGCCCCUGCGGACACCGCCGAGACUUGAAUGUUUAAUGUUCGAAUACAUUAGUGCACUUUUACCCCAUCGUCCACUUUAGCCCCUUCUUUCACAUUAACCCCGGCCACCCC